GCAACUGCUUAUUGAUAUCUCUCAUUUCGAGUUCAUACUGUAAUAUCUCGAUAAAUUGUGCUUUUUCAUGACAAAUGUUUACUGAAUAUGUGUUUGUGUUAUGUUUGCAAUAAGGGUUGAAGUGUUAAAAAGUUUUCCUCAAUGUUUAUGUUGUGCCACAAGUUCAUUUCGAAACCAAUGACAUUAUAUGAACUCGAUGUGCGUUUUGGCCAUUUUACUUGGCUUGCGUUGGUGAUUCGUAUAUAGUCACGUGACCAAAGUAGUUUUCGGAUCAAUGGCGCCAAAUGACUUUUACAGAAAAUGUUUUGCCUUGUUUAUGGUUGGAAACUAAAAUGUCAUCAUGUAAAUAAUGUGACAUUCUACACAAUGCUACUACCACGUUCCAAGUGUAAAGCUGUGAAAGGUUCGUGAACAUGUAGGUUGUGAACAAAGUAAACAAGAUGUCGUUGAGAGGCACUAAGCGGGCGUCUGGGAUGCGUGGAGAAGAGGCAGGCACAUCCAAGCGUCGAAGAGCAGAGCCCGAAGAUGCUCUUUGGCAGCUUCGGCCUGUCAGUGACCUCAAGAUGUCAUCUAUAUAUAAUAGAAGUGCAUCUGAGGCACCCGCUGAACUAUUCAGGAAGGACCUCAUCAGUGCGAUGAAGCUUCCAGAUUCAGAACCAUUAACACCAAGUGAGUACUGGAUCAUCACCGACACAUGGAAACAAGACUGGGAACGAGGGGUGCAAGUACCUGUUAACCCUGACUCACUACCAGCUCCAAAAGUUAAAGUCAUUGAAAAUCCAAUGCCUCCCAAUUUUCAAGAGUUUAAAUUACCAAAAGAUAAAUACAUACAUUUAACGCGCGACGUUCACUACCAGUCAGAUCAACAUUUUCUCAGUUCCACUCCAGCUAAAGCAGAAGCAGCAUGCACUUAUGACUUAGAUGCCACAGAUACAGCUUGGCUUAAGUUGUUGAAUGCAGAACGCGCGCGAGCUGGUGCCCCCUCCGUAUCAGAAGACCAACUUGAGAAGGUUAUAGAAGAAUUAGAGGUUCGAACCUGGGAUAAGAUCCAAGCCAUCAUGAAAUCUGAAGAAGGGUUAGGCAUUGAGUAUGAUGAGAAUGUUAUCUGCGAUGUGUGCCGAUCACCAGACUCGGAGGAUGGAAACGAAAUGGUGUUUUGUGAUUCUUGUAACAUUUGUGUGCACCAAGCAUGCUAUGGUAUAACUGUUAUACCUGAUGGCCAGUGGUUGUGUCGACCUUGUGGAGCUGGGAUCAGACCAACAUGUGUAUUGUGUCCCAAUCUUGGUGGAGCAAUGAAAUGUACACCCUCUGGGCACAAAUGGGCUCAUGUAAGCUGUGUGCUUUGGAUUCCAGAAGUGUCCAUCGGUUGUGCAGAAAAAAUGGAACCCAUAACCAAAAUAACUUCUAUACCAGCAUCACGUUGGUCUUUGGUUUGUGUUUUGUGUCGUGAACGUAAAGGUGCUUGUAUUCAGUGCUCAGUGAAGACUUGUAAAACUGCUUAUCAUGUUACUUGUGCAUUUAAACACGGACUAGAAAUGCGUGCAAUAAUAGAAGAUGAAAAUGCUGACGACGGUGUAAAAUUACGAUCAUAUUGUCAAAAGCAUAGUGUCAAUUCCAAAAAAGAAAAGUGUCCUGGUUCUGGAUCAGAAGAAGAAGAAGUGAAAAGGAAAAGGCGAAAAGACAUGACCUCAGAAGAAAAGACGCAAGCGCGGGCGGCGCGUCUUCAAGAAAUAGAAGGAGAGUUUGAUCGUCAUGUUAGUGUAAAAGAUAUAAGUACACAUCUUUUAGAUGUUGAUCAAGACGCCAUUAACUACAUUUAUAAUUACUGGAAAUUAAAGAGAAGGGCUGGACAUAACCGCCCUCUCCUACCUCCUAAAUCAGAUGAUAGUGAGCUUUUAACACAUAGACAAGAGCAAGCAGAUCUUGAUAAAAUGAAAAUGUUUGUCCAGUUAAGGCAAGAUCUAGAGAGAGUACGGAAUUUAUGUUAUAUGGUCAGUCGGAGAGAAAAGCUUUCGCGUACCUUCUUUCGUAUGAGAGAACAAACAUUUCAUAAACAAAUUGCAGUAUUAACUGCAGACCCAACAAUAUCAGGCCCAGAUCUUGCUGCAAUUAUUGAGGCUAAUCAUGGUCCAUCAAUUUAUGACAGAUUAUAUUCACAUCCAAAUGCUCCAGAUCACAAAAAUGACUUUGAUGAUUUACUUGCUCGUAUAGCUCCUCAGGAUUCAGGUGAUGAGAAAAAGAAGGAUCGUAAUGGUCUUGUCCGAGGCUCAAAAUCGGCAAAUCCAUACAAAAAGCAUUAUGUGAAUGGAUCACGUAGAAGUGGCAGCAUGUACAGUGGUUAUUCUAGUGAGGAAAGUGGUGCUGAGAUUGGUCGUUCUAGUAAAUAUCGUGGAAGGGCUAUUGGUUCAAGUACUGAUGAUGAUGCAAAGAAGCCUGCUACAUCUCCAAAGAAGAAAGUUUCACCAAAAGCAAAGGGCAAAAAAUCACCCAAAAAGAUUGAAAAGAAAAAGCGGAAGGUACCACAGUCUAAAGCAGUUGUUGAAAGCAGCAGUGAAGAUGAUACAAUAAAAUCUAGACUGAAGAAAGAUACAUCUCGUAGUAAGACUCUUCAACAAAUGGAAAAAGAGAUGACUGCUGGUAAAAUGGGACAAUCUGGUACAGAUAGUGAUGACUUAAUUCCAAUAAGAACCACAAGAAACAGCAAAUUUCCAAUGGAUAUAUAUUCAGAUAGCAGUGAUGCAGUUUCAAUUAAAGAAGAAAUCAAACCAGAAAAGUCUGUUAAACUUAAAAAUGAUAAGUCCAAGUCAGAAAAAACAAAAACAGGGAAAUCUGGAAAUGAAAAUGAUUCACAACAGCCAUUACCAAGGACGAAAGCUGCUAUGAAGGAAUUCGUUCCAUCACAACCUGAAAAGAAAACAGUUCCUGUGGAAGAUAAACCAGCGCCUAAAAAAAGAGGACGAAAACCAUCAAACAAAGAGAAAAAAGCGCCAGUUAAAACUAAUGAAUCUGACGAUGAAGCGAAAGACAAAGAAAACAUUAAAUUUGCUAAGCAGAAAGAUAACCCUACUGACUUAAUAGUGCCUCAAAGACAGGCUGCUAAAAAAGCUUCGGAAAACAUGCGUUCAACUACUGUAGUCAAAAAAGAAGAAUCUAUUACUGAUAAACAAGUCAGUGGAGAUGAUACUAAAUCUAAACCUAAGUUGAAGUCAAAAGGUAAAGAAGUUAAGGAUAUUCCAGAAAAAGUCGGAAGGAAAAAAUCUUCUAAAGAUCAAGAUAAAGAGCCUAUAGCUUAUGUUCCUCAGAGACAAGCUGCUAAAAAAGCAGCAGCACACAUCAAAAGUGGUUUGGGUAGUAAAGCUCCAGUUGUAGAAACUAUCGAUUGUGAUAAAAAGAAAGAUGUUGAAAAACCAGAUACAAAACUUUCACCUAAGAAAGAAGAUAUUAAGAGGUCAAAAUCUCCACAAAAGGAAAGUUCAAGUUCUUCAUCAAAUUCUAGUAGUAGUAGCUAUUCGUCAUCAUCUAGCUCAGAAGAAGAACAAGAAAAACCUGAAAUUAAGCCAACAGCUAAAGCAAGAGAAAUAAAGCCUGCUCCUAGGCAGCCAUCAAUGUUCUCACCACCAGGCUCUAGACCUACAGUGGACUUGCCCUUUCUUGACAAGGUGUCAAGACCAUUGUCUUCAACUAGUGCCUCAAGUGAUACUGACAGUUCUAAAGGAUCAAGAUUUUCUGGAUCAGGAAGUCCUUCUCCCAAGCGUCCACGUAGACGCCGUAAAAGAAAAAGUGUCUCAGUUGAUGCAUCCCUUCGCAAGGCCCCAGACAAGAAGCUUAAAACUUCCGAUCGGGGGUCCGAGUGCAGGGUAUCAUCACCGACUAUUGAAGGAGAGGAACCGAGCAGACCCAGCGACACGCGUGCUUCCACGCGUGCUCGGACCAGAAGCACUACUUCAAGCGGAAAUAUGCCUCAUAAGUUUGAUUCCCGACAGAGAAAACCAUCUAAAGACGACACAGGGCAUGGCUCUGCGCCAAGUAAAACUUCAAAAGAGACCAGCCAGCCCACUGAACUUACAACUACGAAACGGAAAGAGAACGAGGAAAUAAAGAAAACAGCUGAUGUCAGUCAACCGCUUGAUGUUACCAAUAAUGAUAUAAAAACAAAUAAAUCUACAAAACCUAAGGGUCGCACUGUCUCUAUGGAAGAAAAAGUAAAAUCAAGUGCAAGUGACACUACUACUCCCUUAAAAAGAACAAGUCCAAGAAAAAGUACUGAAUCAAAACAUAAAAUAGCUGCUAACAGAAGAAUGAGUGUAAAAGAUCCCCCUAAUAAAGAAAUUUUGUCACCUCCUAAAGAGACCUGUGCACAAAUACCAAAAGAAAAAAGUUCUAAUAGACGAAAUUCACAGGCAACAGAUCUCCGUUGUGUUUCACCAGUGAAAAAAGUAAUUGCAUCCAUUGAAGAUCCACCUGUGGAAAUUAUUGAAAACAAACUGCCACCUGUGAUUGAGGAUGACUUUCCUGAUAAUGACAAAAAUUGGUUGCCCAAGGCUUCUAGUCCUAAUGUCCAUCCACCACCUGUAGAAAAACCUGGCGAUCAUGAAAAAUAUAUGACAGAAGAUAAAUCAUUAGAUUCAGAUUGUACAGAUAAGAGCAGUAUAAAAAUGAUAGCUAAAAUACAAGCCAAUCUGAAUGAAAAUACAAUGAUAAAAUCACCAAAAACACCAAUGGAUGCGAGAACUAUUGAUCCCAUGGAUGUUGAUGCUAUUACGCGAAAUAUACGAAAACGUUCCAUUAUUGACAUAGAAAAGAAAUUUAUUACACAAGAUUCAAGUCAUGUUCAGGGUGUGGAAAUAUCCAAAAGUGCUAAAAUACCUUCUGCCAUUAAUACAUUUCCAAAUAGAUCUGUGUUUUCUCCAAAUAAAGAUACCGAAUUAUUCGAGUUUGAUAAUAUGUUAGCUGUUGAUGAUGGAUUUAACCAUGAGGAAAUAAUGAAACCAUUCACAUCAUAUCCUGAGUUCUUUUUCAAAGAAGAUUCAAAAGAACAAGGUGUCCAAGAAACAUUAAAUUUGGUUGAUAGGCUAAGAAUGCAACUAAACACUAAAAAACCACCCAUUGAAACAUCUGGCCAAGAUGAUGCAGCAAUCAAUGACAAGGUUCAUGAUGAAGAUGUACCCAUUACUCUUAGUAUAGAUAAAAAUGAACAUGAUAUAUUAGAAAAGAAAAGUGAUGUUUUAGACAUACACAAUAAAAGAGAAUCCCCAAAAGAUAUUCAAUCAACAAAUCAUUUCUCAGAGACCUCAACAGAGUGUCUUGAUCCACCGCAAAAAGCAAUUUCAGAUGGAAAAGAUGCCACAUUGUCCAUAAAUAGUAAUAAUAAAUGGGUUGACUUGUCACAAAAUGAAUCUCAGUUGGAGCCAGCUGACGAAGCAAAAUACGACAUAGCUCCAUUCUCUGAAGAUGUUAAGGAACCAACCACUGUUCAAUCAGUUAAUUCUGCAUCAGAAAUAGGAGAUACUAUAUCUCUGUCAAAACAGAGUGAUGACUCACAGUCAUUAUCAGUGGUGGAUCAUUCAAUACAUAGCAAUGACCAAGAACUAACUCAAGAUAACCAAACUUACGACAAUAACAAUUCAAUGAUUCAUUCAGAUUGUGCAACAAUAUCUUCACCAUAUAUAGGUCGGAGAGAAAGUAAAAUAACAACAAGAAGGUCUUCAGCCUCCAGUACAAACUCUGAAGGUUCAGUUUGCUCUCAGAAAACAGAUGGCAAGUCUCAACUUAACUGUGAAUCACUACAAGGAACUUUAAUACCAGAAAUUGAUGCAUACCCAUUACCAGCAUAUUCAUGUCGUGUUGAACCUACAAUGCCACUGAACCAAUACACAACUUAUCCGCCUGAUGCAUCACCAUUUUUAAGUUCAAUGGGAACAUUGCCUCUAUUUGGACCAGGACCUUGUGCUUCAUCACAAUUAACUUUGCCAUCGCCAGCUUCUGGAAUUUAUGGCUCUGGUUUACCUUAUUCUGCCAGUCCUCUAAUUCCACCACUAACAAAGCCAGCAUUUACGAUAUGUGCUGCUUUUACCACUUCAUCACAAAAUAUUGCAUUGACAACGGCAAUGAUAGCAUCACCAACCCCUAAGCAGCUCGAUUCACCACAAGAUGAUGUUGACGUAAGUGGAAGCGAUAAAUUAUCAAUUCAUGUUGCUUCAAGUCCUAGUAUAAGUGUUGAUUCAUAUAAUGAGUCAAGUAAUAUCAGAGCGCCUACUAAAAUGUCCAAUGAUAGCAGUGAAACAGUAAUCAGUCUCACACCACAGGAUGCAAAAUCUUCUCCAAAGGCAGCAACGAAGACUGUUUCUAAAUUUUCGGGUAAGUCACCCGGUAAAAGCCCUGGUAUAUCACCUAGACAAGGUGAUACGUCCAAGGGGAGUAAACGAUCCAAUAAUAAGAACAAUAGAAGUCAAAGAGGUAGAGGCAGAUCAAAAAGCCGUGGCCAGAGCUAUCAAUCAGGGGACUUUAUUGGUAACUCAAUUCAAAGCAAAUUAGUUGGCACUGUAUAUGAUUUUGAUGAGGAAAUAGCAAAUGAUGGAGUUGAUCUCAAAGCAUUAAGAGAGCGAAGAAAAUCUGUAGAUAUAAGAGAAGAUCGAAAAUCGGACCAUUCUUAUAAGGAUUCUUCCCAAUCUCCUCGUGCUGUUAGCCCUCACCUAGUGAAUAAGAGGCCUAUCCCUGAACCAAAAGAUGUCAAAUCCGUUACACCUGAACCAACAGAGGAACCUCAAUCACCUCUUAGUAAAAAUAAUUCUGAAAGAGGAGCAGGUUUCACACAAGUGCAACCAGUUUUGCCAGGACCUGUUGAUAUGCGUACCUACAACCCAUUUGAAAAUCCUGCUGUGGUGACAGGUGAUGCUUAUCACAGUCACUUAUUGGCCUUUGCAAGUGGCACAGCUGACCAACAGUUGGUUGAUUUUGAUGAAGAAAUGGAGAAAAAACUACAUUCUGCCCUCAUGGCUAGCAAACCAAAACCUGGAGCUCUAGCAGAAGCAGCAGCCCAAGAGAUUGUUGAGCCUCCAAAAGAAAUUGUCCCACCUCACUUACCGAAAGUAUCAUUGAGUGACUCCAGAAACCAGCUUAAGGUAAAGAUAAAAGGCCCAUUCCUAGACGCCAAUUAUUCCGCCAGCUCAGUGCAACCCGUAGUACCACAACCGCCGCCACCGCCGCAUGACUCAAACACGAGUGCCCUAAACAUAUCCACCAGUUCCACUAGUUCAAUGACAGGAUCAACCAACCUCAGACGCAUGAGGAAGAAGGAGUUGUUACGUCAAUAUUGGACACAGGAUAUGAACAUGGAUGACCCAACUAAUAUAUCUAAUGUGGGAAUCGCGCCGCCACCUGCUGCGCCUCAGCCGUUGCCUCGGGCUGUGAUUACAAUACCGAAAGCAGUGGCUUCUAUGACCAGUAUUCCUACUAGAGAAGAUUAUAAAAUCACUGAUACACCAGUUGAAAAGAAAAAGCGAAAGACCACUAGCGGGCUAUCUCGAGAACUGAGGCAUUUAGAAGUCAGCAUGAAUGAUGAUAUUGAUGCAGCUGAUGAUGUCAAAUUAUCUAAUUUCGCUGGUAGUUCUAGUCAGGCACACAAAAGGCGUGGUCGAGUUUCGACUAAGCCUAACCAGACCAAUGCUACAUCACCUGUUGCACCUAAAUUAAAAAUAAAGUUUGGUUCAAACAGCGUUCCACAAGUGAACGAAGAACCAUCUUUAUUCCAGUUCAGACCGCCCAAAAAGCGAUUACAGACUAUACCUGCUAAACCGAGCUUGGAAGAUUUAAAGCGCGAAAGUAUGAAGUAUCGAAAGUUGGUAAUGGCCAAUUUCGAGGAAGAUGAAAAGACCAAUACACACAAACACAGACCCAGUAAAACAGAAAAACGGAAAAAGAAGAAAGAUAAAAAAUCCGAAAAAGAAAAACUUCAAGUGAUAAAAAGGGAAAGUGAAAGUGCUACAAAAUUGAUAAUAAAAAAAAUAAAGAUAAAAUGCACGAAAGAAGGAAAAACAAUUCCAGUGAACUCCGAAGGAGGAACGAUAGCCGGUGCCGUGGCUGCCGCACCCGAGCCGGCGGUCGAUCCUCUCGAUUACGACCCCACGAAGCCAGAUCCGCUGGCCUUCGACCCGCCGCUGAGCUCCGAGUGCGCCUCCACGUUGCGUAGGAUACGGACAGACAAAGUGACGCCUAUUCGGUUAAAACGCAGCCCGCAGGGCUCGGGCUACGUGAUGGAGGCGGGGGCGGAUCUCGCGCAGACGGCGGCCACGUCGGCGUCGAGCGCUACGUCGGCCGCGUCCGCGUCGGUGACGUUCGCCGUCAAUAAACAUUGUGAAGUGAGGUGAUAUAAACCGCGCAAACGGCAAACACUGUAAAACUGUGGCUAGUUACGUAAAGAACAUUCAUUGGACAUUUUUGUACAGUAAUAUUAGUUACUAGCUGUAAAUAACUAUAUCUUGAUAAAUGUUUCUUUUAAUUCUUGAGUAGUUUAUUACAUUAUUUAUUUGUAUAAAAGGAAAGCUCAAUGACUAACUUAAAGUUAUUCUAAGAUGUAUAAAACUUUUGUGCAUUUUGUGAUGCACAAGUAAAUCCUAAUAUAACAUAUUAUAUAUUUUUGUUAAUGUUACUAUGUUACUUUGUGCCUCAUUAUAAGGAAUCUCAUUAAGUAUAUUAUUAUCAUUGCAUGGUACAUAUUUAGAUAAAGUGAUUCUAAGCUGCUCUAUCACAAAGUACAUCACAGGCUGGCAUGGCAUUGUUUAAUUAUAACUCUUUGAAUAAUUAUUCCUUGUUUAUAACUUUGUAAAUCAAUAGUAAUUUAUAAAAGAUUUUUAUUUGAUUAUUGAUUUUGUUUACAUUUUAUAGUUUAAGAAUGUUCACCUACGCUAAUAUUGUGUAUAUUGGCGGUGAUGAACAUUCUCAAAUAACAUUAAAUAUUAUUUAUAUUCACUCAUUUCUUAACGAUUUUUAGUAACGUGGAUAAACUUGUUUACUUAAGUUUAAAAAAAUAGUAUUAAAAAAAUCAGUUUAAACUAUGGAUCACCUGAUAAUUUCUAUAGAAAAAAACCUGGCUAAGUGCAAGUCAGAUUCGUUCACGAAGGGUUCCGUACCAUCGUUACAAAACUAACUACUUAAUCAAAUACCAAAAGAAAAUUGUUUUCCAGAACCUUUAAAUAAUUUAAUUUCAAUACUGCAUUUAACAAAUUGAAUUGUGUAAUUUCAUGAAGUAAAAAUUUAGGAAAAAAACAUUUUUUUUACUAUAAACCAGUUUUUAGACCUUAAUAUAACAAUUAAUUUUCUAUGUCGUAUUUGUUCUAUGGAACAUAAAAGGCUAAGAAAUCGAAACAACGCAUACUACGAGGAGCCUAUAUCUGCCAGUAGUUUGACAGAACACCUUAUUAAUCUAAUAAAACUAACAAAACAAACAAAAAUAAAAUUAAUGUUUUGAUUGUUUUAAAUACCUUGGUUUCAAAAAAUUCUUAUUAUUUUUUAUUUGUAUAUGAUCAUUCAUCUGUCUAAUUUUUAAAAUUUUUAUUAAGAGAUAUUUUUUUAUGGAACUUUUUUUAAAGACAUGUGAAUUAGUUUCUAUUUUACUACUGAUCUGAAGACCUUAUCUUGACUAUGAAUUCCGGUGUUAGGGUGCUAGCAUAAAUAACUGUUUCCGGUACUGACAAAAUAUAUACUACACAGCCACAUACUAUCUUGUGAGCUCUCACAUAGAGAUAGGUAUAAGAUUACAUGAGGCUAUUUUACCAUCACCGAGCGAUACCCGAACUGCCGGUACCAGAAACCUGGCUCUUUAUGCCAGCACCUUUAGACCAGUUAGACCGCAAACCAGUUUCCCAUAUAGAGAUGAGACUCAUCACAAAGGGAAGAAUAAUUCUCUACAGUUGGGUAUGUUGAUCAGGAUAUUAAUUACAGCCUCAUAAUGGCUGAUUGUAUCUAUAUUGAUAACGCUUUCAUUUCUAAGUAAAUCGGUAUUACCUAAAUAAAUAAUUGCCUGAAGGCUCCAUGAACAUGGAGUACUCAUAGAGUCAUUUUGAGCUAGAUAAAAUACACGAUGACCGAUUUUUUUUCUGCCUUUUUAGGUUCCGUGUAAUAUCUUUGAGGAUCAGUGUAAUAUUCUCAUCGAUAUGGCUUUUCAAUUUGAUCACAUUACACCCAAAAAAAUUAAUCUGGCCAUUCUUUUUUUAAAUCAAUUACUUACAUCUAUGUACUAAAAUAAGACGAAGUGAUUCUUAAGCGGAAUUAAUCAAAUAAUGUACGUAAUUUAGCAACUUUAUGUGGGAUAUAAUACAUAUUAGUAAGACUUGAACACAAUAAACAAGAGCUCUAAUUAAGUUAGGUCUUCAAUCAGCCUGUUUGUGUCCACUGUUGGACAUAAGCCUUCUCCUUUCAAAGGUGAAUCCAUAGGAACAAAAUAUUUUUUGAUAUAUAGUAAAUUAUUGUUAUUCUAUACUCCGUAUAGUAACAGUUUGUCUAUUAUUCAAAAGCUUAUUAUGAUAUUUAAAAUAAAAAAUGUAUGUUGAGAACGGACUCGCCAUAUUUGCUCUAUGUGUCAAGUGUCCUGUCAAAAGUACGAUUUAGUACGGUAAAAGCCUCGCUCAAGCUACUCGACAUUGGCGAAGUGCAUUGUGCUGGGUUGGCACUACAAUAAGCCAGUGAAUCAAGUGAAAAAGAAGAAAAGUACUUUUGACAAGACAUUUGACAGUUGAAGAGCAAAUAUGGCUAGUCUUUUCUCAAAACAUACACUAUAAAGAUGAGAAUGGACUUCGUCUGUGGUGGCGUUUGCUGACGCGCGUGUUGCGCCUUUUUGGAGUGUUUUUUUGUUAGAAGUGGCCGGUUUUUGUGUUCUGCUGGUGUUUAUUGGUGGUGGAAC